UCAGGCACUACAUUUUGCUCAGCUGAAGCUGCUGUAUCAGCCAGACAAAAGUGUAUGCAGUUUUUGCAUGACAAGCUUACUUCUGUCAUGGAGAUUAACGAAGAUGUGUUGUCAGAGCUUCACAUGUAUGAGAAGUCCAAGGAGAGAAAGAUUAGUUGGCUUGGAGACUCUUUUGGAAUUCAUCCUUUUUAUAUCCCUCGAGGUCCUAAUUUUGAAGGAGAAGAUUUAAGUAAUUAUGCACUUGAUUCAAAAACCACUUCAAUGAAUGCACAGAGACUAUUGCGAGCCCUGCAACUGCAGAAGCCCAUUUUGCUGGAGGGGUCACCAGGUGUUGGCAAGACUAGUCUUGUAGCUGCAUUGGCCAAAGUAUCUGGAAACCAUCUUGUGCGAAUUAACCUUUCUGAACAAACGGAUGUAACUGAUUUAUUUGGCACCGACUUACCGAUUGAAGGGGGCAAAGGUGGUGAGUUUGCUUGGCGAGAUGGCCCUUUUCUGUCGGCCUUAAAAGCUGGUCACUGGAUUGUAUUGGAUGAACUUAAUCUUGCCUCUCAGUCGGUAUUGGAAGGGUUGAAUGCUUGUUUUGACCAUCGGUCUGAGGUGUAUAUACCAGAACUUGGCAUGACAUUUCAAGUACAACAUGAGAAAACCAAGAUCUUUGGUUGCCAGAACCCCUUCCGGCAAGGAGGUGGUCGAAAAGGACUCCCACGAUCUUUUCUUAACAGGUUUACACAGGUGUUCGUGGAUCAACUUUCAACAUGUGAUAUGGAAUUCAUAGCCAAUACACUCUUUCCUACCUUGGGUGAAACAAUUGUUUCUAAAAUGGUUGCUUUCAACAGCCAGGUUGACCUGGAAGUAAUGACUCAAAGGAAAUGGGGUCAAAAAGGAGGACCUUGGGAAUUCAACUUGAGGGAUCUGUUCCGGUGGUGUCAACUUAUGCUGCACGACCAGUCACCAGGAAACUAUAAUCCAUCUCAACAUGUGUUUUUGGUCUAUGGGGAACGAAUGAGAACAAAAGAAGACCGGCAAAUGGUCCUUUCUGUUUACAAGCGAGUGUUUGGACAGGAUCAUGUUCCUUACAUGGGAACUCGACAGUUUUACAUUACAACUCAGAUUGUGCAGGUUGGCUACUCAUUUCUUGCCCGAUGCACAGAAUGUCCCUCUACUCCACAUAAAAAUCUGUCUCUUCUUCACCAUUCUCUACAAUCACUUGAAGCAGUUAUGAAGUGUGUGGAGAUGAACUGGACGGUUAUCCUAGUGGGUCCUGCAGGUGCAGGGAAAACUAGCAUCAUUCAGCUUCUGGCUCUCCUAACAGGCAACAAACUGAAAGUUAUGGCCAUGAAUAGUGCUAUGGACACUACAGAGCUCCUUGGUGGAUUUGAACAGGCUGAUAUUAACAGACCAUGGCAACAGCUCCUAGAGAAGGUAGGAAAUGCAGUCACAACCCUAAUAAGAGAUAGUCUCCUUGCAACAGACAUCUCUCCAGAUGAGACUGAAAUUUUAUUACGAUCCUGGAGCCAUCUGAACCUAAAUCACAAGCCCAAGUCAAUAGCAGAAAGCGGCAGAGGCAUUACUACAGAACUAAUUAACAAACUAGAGACCGUUCUUCUGCAAAUCCAGAGACUGAAUGGAAAACUCAACUCCUUUUCAAAAGCAGAGUUUUCUGCCAUUUUGGACCAUUUACACUACUUUAAGGACCAGCUUCUCAAUUCAGUAGAGGGACAGAGCAGUGGGACCUUUGAGUGGGUGGAUGGAAUGUUGGUUCAAGCUCUACAGUCUGGGGACUGGUUACUUAUGGAUAAUGUCAACUUUUGCAGCUCCUCUGUACUGGAUCGCCUUAAUGCACUUUUGGAGCCCGGAGGUGUUCUCACUGUAAGUGAGAGGGGAGUAAUUGAUGGAAGCACUCCAACUAUAACACCACACCCAAACUUCAGGCUGUUUUUCUCAAUGGACCCAUCCCAU